GGGAAGAGGAAGCCCUACCACAAGAAGAGGAAGUAUGAGCUGGGGCGACCGCCGGCCAACACCAAGAUCGGCCCGCGCCGAAUUCACACCGUGAGGGUUCGUGGCGGGAACAAGAAGUACCGCGCUCUGCGGCUGGAUGUCGGCAACUUCUCCUGGGGAUCCGAAUGCUGCACCCGCAAGACCAGAAUCAUCGACGUGGUCUACAACGCCUCCAACAAUGAGCUGGUCCGGACCAAGACCCUGGUGAAGAACUGCAUCGUUCUCAUCGACAGCACCCCGUACCGGCAGUGGUAUGAAGCUCACUACGCCUUGCCCCUGGGUCGCAAGAAGGGCGCCAAGCUGACACCCGAGGAGGAGGAGAUCUUGAACAAGAAGCGCUCCAAGAAGAUCCAGAAGAAAUAUGAUGAACGGAAAAAGAAUGCCAAGAUCAGCACCCUCCUCGAGGAGCAGUUUCAGCAGGGCAAGCUGCUUGCCUGCAUCGCCUCCAGACCGGGACAGUGUGGCCGGGCGGAUGGCUAUAUUCUGGAAGGCAAGGAGCUGGAGUUCUACCUGAGGAAGAUCAAGGCCAGGAAAGGCAAAUAGAUGUCAAAUACUGACUGGAGAGAGAGAAUAAAUGCACCCCAAGUCCUUU